GGGUGACAGCAGAGUGGUUCAGUUGCUUCAGCUUGAAUAAUACGAUUUUUCUCCUCCUCGACCGAAAAGCUGUGUGUCCAUUUGUUGACCAGAACAUACACACACUGGAAGAAGAAGAAGAAGCUUUUUUGUUGAAGAAAAGUUUCAAAGCUUAAAGGAGUAUUAAACCAAGAAGAAGGCGAAGAAGCUAGCAGUGCUCGUGCAAAAAGUGGUCGUUUUUCCUUUUUCUUGAGUUUUCCUUUCAUCUUUGGACUACUCGUUAGUGAGUGUAUGUGUGUGCGAAACAAAGUGUGUGUGUUCGUUCGCGUACGAGUUUGCUGCCAAGAGUGGAAAACAGAUUUUCCAACUUUUUAUCGCCGUUAAUGUCGCGCUGAAUUUUCCGUUGAUGUGGGCAGCAGCAGCAGAUCCCGUUUGAAAGAAAAGUUCCAAGAGGAAAAACUCUUCUUGUUUUUUUUCUGCGUGUUACAAGUUUAGUGCAAAGUGCGUGCGUGUUUUUCCACCCUCCAGUGUCCGGAAAAACGCGAUUUUCUACUCGUCAAAAGCGAUGAGACUAGUGUCUGACAUCUACAAUGAGAGUAUCGAACCGUCACUAGGAGGAAUCACUAAGCCACUGACACAACAGUACGUAGCCGUAGAGCAGCUGACGCCGUGGGGCAGCAAGGAGGACAGCAGCAGUAGCAGUGCCACCAGCCGUCCCCGAACAGCCGACUACCACAGCCACAUCCAGUGCGGCGCCGAAGGGCCACGCCACGACGCGAGCCCCUUCCCGUGGGAUGACCAGAUCAACCAGCGGAUCGUAAUCUGGGAAGGUGACAUUUCGCUGCUGGCCGUCGACGCCAUUACCAAUACCACCGAUGAGACACUGACCGAGAAGAAUCGAGUUUCGAAGAAGAUUUUUGGCCGCGCCGGGACCGCCCUCACCUCUGCCGUGGUGCAUGACGUCGGAAGAUGCAAAACCGGUGAAGUUUGCGUAACACCAGGGUUCUUUCUACCUGCUAAGUACAUCAUCCACACCGUUGGUCCUAUCUACAGCGAGAAGUAUCAUACCGCGUCCGAGAGUACGCUACAUUCCUGUUAUCGAAACGUUUUGUACAAAGCGAAGGAGCUAGGAUUAAGAACCAUUGCUUUAUGUGAUAUUAGCUCAGUGCAGAGAAAUUUCCCACCAGACACUGCUGCACACAUAGCGCUAAGAACAAUCCGUCGUUUUCUGGAGCAAUACCGUGCCGAGAUUGUGAUAGUUUGCCUUGACCCGAAUGAGCAGCGCGGCGGCAUCUACGAGGUACUAGCGCCGUUGUACUUCCCCCGCGACCCGCUCGAGGAACAAAGUGCCCUGUGGCAGCUGCCGAAGGACGUCGGCGGGGCGUAUGGUGAACCGCAGCUAGCCGAUCGCCAGAUCCGCAUCAUUCACAACCCACAGCACGCCGUCAUGAUCGAAGCUGACGACGAUUCCGACACUAGUCCACACGAUUUGGAGAUGGGUUCCGACGUGGAGUACAACAACAUCAAUCUGAGCCUGGCGUCCCACCUGGGCGGAGGAACGCACUCGUUUACGCAUAUGCAGGGCGAUCUCGACCGCCAGCGAUUGUUGGGCGAUCGACCCCGAAUGGUGUACGAGAGCGUCGUGGACGAUGGUCUGGAAGGAAUAGAACACCAAGAAAGUUCACCAUUACUGGUGGAUUGCGAAACCACCGAAACGUACUGUCCGGACGCGAUCGGGCACGUCCUGGCGACGCACAUCGGCAAGCGGACCCGCAUCCUGGAUGGGUCCUUCACGUACGUGGAGCUCAUGAAGCACUAUAGCUCCUCGCUCGACGAUCCGGACUGGCAGAAGGAAAACCUAUAUGAGCGACUGUUGCGUCGUGCCAAGACCGAGGACCUGUCGGAGGUGUCCGGCAUCGGGUGUCUGUACCAGAGUGGCGUGGACCGGCUGGGACGACCCGUGAUCGUGUUCUGUGGCAAAUGGUUCCCCGCCCAUAAUAUCGAUCUGGAGAAGGCCCUGCUCUACCUGAUAUACCUGCUCGAUCCGAUCGUGAAGGGAGACUACGUGAUCGCCUAUUUCCACACCCUCACCGGCUCCAACAACUAUCCCUCGCUGCAGUGGCUGAAGGACGUGUACAGCAUACUGCCGUACAAAUACAAGAAAAACCUGAAGGCAUUCUACAUCGUCCACCCCACCUUCUGGACCAAGAUGAUGACCUGGUGGUUCACGACGUUCAUGGCGCCGGCCAUCAAGACGAAGGUCCACUCGCUGCCCGGCGUCGAGCAUCUUUACUCGGCCAUCGCCAAGGACCAGCUCGAGAUUCCCGCCUACAUCACCGAGUACGAUAUGGCGACGAACGGCAUUCACUACUUCCAACCCGUCACCAACACGUCGUCGCCGGCGUCCUAAGGGAAGUCCGCAGCUGGCAAUCCCCGGGGGCUGUCCGUAACAGCCGACACUCCU